AUGGAUUCAAAUAAAGAAGCAGCAGAAGAAUGUUUGCGGAGAGCGAGGAGCUGCAUCGCAAGUGGAGAUAAGGACAAAGCGAUAAGAAUGAUAGAGAAAUCGAUAAGACUUUACGAAACGGAUCAAGCAAAGAAUUUGCUCGAAAAAGCGAAGAAUAUGACUAACGAGCCAUCAUCCUCUUCCGUGCCUUCCACAACUCGUCAACGAAAAUCGGCCGCAUCCGCCACCCAAGAACCCGUGCAAAAGAACUACACUCCCGAACAAGUCUCUCAAGUCAACAAGAUUCUUUCCGCCAGAAAAGAUUACUACAAAGUCCUCGGAGUUGAGAAGACCGCGAGCGAUAGCGACAUCAAAAAAGCAUACAGAAAACUGGCUUUGAAAAUGCAUCCGGAUAAAAAUCAGGCGCCAAGAGCAGAUGAAGCUUUCAAAGUAAUCGGCGCGGCUUACAACACACUUUCCGACGGGGACAAACGAGCCGCCUUCGAUCGAUACGGUGCCGACGGCGCGACGCAAUCACGUGGCGGUGGUGGUCACGGAGGCCAUCACUUUCACUUCGACGAGGAUCACAUCAACCCCGAUGAAAUCUUUAACAUGUUCUUUGGCGGCGGAUUUCCCUCUCAAAGAAUGCGCAGAACGCACCAUUUCCGCCACAAUUUCAACCAUCAUCAGCAACGAAGACAUCACCAACAACGACAGUAUGAACAAGAAUACACUGGGAGCGCUGGAGUCUGGCUUCAAUUUAUGCCGCUUUUGGUCCUCAUCGCUCUUUCCUUAUUUUCAAAUUUGAUGACGCCCGACCCGACGUUUUCUCUUCACAAGUCUGUAAACCGGGGUUAUGUGAUCAAGCACGCGCUUCCAAAAGAAGAUCCUCCUAUUUAUUACUGGACCAAAUCGGACUUUGUUUCUUCGUAUCCAGCGAACUCGAAGGCGAGGAAAGAUGUGGAACGACAAGUGCGACAUGAUUUUGUGGAGAAUUUGAGGAUGAAUUGUUAUCAAGAAACGCUAAAUGCCGAGCAAAAAUUACGCCGCGCGCAAAUCUACCGCGACCAGAAUCUGAUCAAACAGGCGCAGAACAUGCCCAGGCCGAGUUGUGACCGGCUCCAUGGGAUGGUCGGGUCGUGA